AUUAUGUUGAUGUCAAACAUUGGCUAACCGGAUGUUAUGUUUUGUAUGUAGAUAAUAGUGCAGUCAAAGUUUUUUCGGAUGGUGAUAAUCUUAUUUGGCGCAACGACUAUAGACAUGAGAUGAAGAUUAUUGAUUUAUUUCAAAAGCAUAGAGCAAACCCGUGCUAAUUUAAGUGAUUUUAGUAUAAAACGGACUCUAAUGUAUGCAACAGGUCAGAUACAAUAUAGGUCACAAGUAAUAUCCAAUGAUGAAUGUAAGUGCAAGUAGAUAACAUUGAUACGCAUACUUUUUCGGACAUAAGACGAUCACAGACAAGAUGCUGGAUUUUAGCCACGUCUCCAUGUUCCUAUGUUACUGUAGAAUCUUUCAGUUCCCCCUUAUUUUCUACACUUAUUGAUCUGUAAUGGAAUAACGAAGCUGUUCCCCAUGUUGAAGAUUCCCGCACGUUUUAAACAAUGUGAUCUCAGUGUAUCCCUUGCCUUUGAUUAUUGUGACUGCAUUGUCAACAUGGGUACUCGGGCUGCUGCAUUUACAGCCAAAAUUCGCAGCUUAUAUGACUUCCAAUUACGGCUUAUGCAAGGGGUACAACCCCCACCAUCUGGAGUUGACAUAGCAAACACAUUAAAAUAUUUUACAUCAACAUUGCUCACUGUCCUAAAAGAUGUACCCAAUUCUCCAUUUGAUCUAAUAAAAAAUCCAGAAAUGGAUGCAGUCCGCAUGGGUCUUUUUCCUUCCUUGGAUUACAAAGCUCUUUACAAUGCACUGGUCCCUUUAAUAGAAGUCGCUCCUUUGAUUCAAAUUGGUCUUCACCAUUUCGGCCAACACAUUUUACAAGUUUUAGGUUGUAUCCUUCCAUUUUUAGAACAUGAUUUCAUAGAUAAUUUACCAUACCUAACGGCAUCUUCCAUAGCAGUUCUUCCAAGUAAUUUACAUCAAGAAAUUGUAAACACCCUUUGUUUCUACAUACUACCUUUUACAAUAACCCGAAAAACUGAUAACGAAUCAGACAUAUCGCAAUCUGUGUCUGCUGUAAUCAUGAUGGUAUUUCAAUAUUCAACAAAUCCAGCUCAUCAUUGCCAAUUGUUAGAAUGUCUCAUGACGUUUAAGCAGAACAUUUUAAAAGAUAUAUUGAGCGUAAUAGCGUACGGUACUUCAACAGCAAGGUCUUCAGCUGCCAAACUUCUUUUCUACUACUGGCCCACUUUUAAUGCUAAUUUAUUCGACCGCAAAAACCUUAUCUGCAAGUUUGCUGAUCCUGCUCCCUUCGUGUGUCAACGAGAUUCUUGUCCAAACUCAGGAAAUGCCGAAGCUGCCAAAGUUUGUUAUGACCAUUGCAUUUCGAUAACUUUUGCCAGUGACUCCCCGCCCCCACUUUACCUUUGCAUCGAGUGUGCAAACGAAAUUCACCGGGAACAUCCAAACCAAAUGUUUUUUGAUAUUUUACACCCCAUGCAACAGGUCUCAAUGGUGUGCGAGAACAAGAACUGCAGAUCCACCGACAAGUCGGCAAUAUCAAUAUGUUUUUCAACGGAAUGUGCAAGUUAUAACGGAAACCAUCCAAUAAGAUAUUGUGAGCAGUGCCAUAACAACAGACAUAAUAACAGGAGAGGAGGUGACCACAUAGUCCACAAAAGUAUUCCACCAACGUGGAGCAUGGAUGCAGAAAUGCAAACUUACAUGGUGGAGGCCAUUGUCAGCUUGUUGAAAGAGGCCAAAGAGCCGUCAGUAGAAACAAAAGAGAAUACUGAAGGGAAGAGCCCACUUCCUUCUCUAGAUAACAUAACAGUCGAAGAGAGACAACUGUUGGGCAGAUACGGUGUGUGGUUGUUGGUGGGAAGGUGUACACCAGCUGAAAAUACACCUGUUGAGGUUUUAGGAAGGCUUAUAGCAAUGCUUUUUCAUUGGUUUCAUAUGACAGCUUACUCAUAUGAUGGUAAACCAAAUUAUUUUCAAAAUCUCUGCUCAUAUUAUCUUGCGUUUUGUACAGGACAAGAAGAAAGUACCUUAGAGAAACUAAAGACUGAAAACGUAUGUGCUUGGCUGAGGGAAAUCAGCAAAAGCCACUAUAACCUUUUUAUUUCUUGUCUGCUACCACAUCCACCAGAGUAUGCACGAAUUGGGGGGCACUGGGAUACCCUAUCCUCUAGAACCUCUCAUUUAAAAGAUGGUCUCAAUAGAUUAUUUUGUCUAGUACCUUAUGAAGUUAUAACCCAGGAAAUCUGGGAUUACAUUAUGCCUCAUUGGAUGGAAGCAAUAGUUAAUGAUGUUCCCGAAAAAGAACUACCCGAGUUACGUAUCAUACUCAGUAAAAUUCUGGACACCGAAAUGAGUCCACUCGGUUUCGAUGCGAAAAAAAUGUAUCAAUUUGUGGCCUUCCGAUUUCAAAAAACAAGUGCCAAAAUGCAAGAACAAGCGUUGCACUGGCUGUUGAUUUUAACUCUUUUGGAAAUUGUUAUACCGCUUCAUCUUUUAUUUAAUAUAUUCGGCGAAGGAAUAUCGUAUAUGAAAAAUGGCGGAGAUGAAAUGAAUGUCGUGGAUGAUGAGAAGUCUUUUAAAUAUCAAGAAUCGAACAUUUUCGAGGGACCAAAGGACACUAUUUGUAAGUAUCGUACUUCUACUAAACAGAAAACUAACAAAUUAAUUGCAGCUCAUCUUGCUGAAGAUGCAGAUUCAGCCAAGACAUCCUUUUCGGACGAAGACAAUCGAUUAUCACAACAUACUGAUUUGGGGUCAGACUCCGAGCACAAUUUGUCCGGUUGCAUAUUAAUGUUAGAUAUUUUAUUAAAACAAAUGGAACUGCAAGAUAUAGAUAAACAUACGGGUUUAAAUUCUUCACUCUGCAAAGAUGUGUGCUGUUUAUUAAAGUGUAUGAUAACAUCGGCUUGGAUAGGAAACCAUUCAUGUCACUCAAAAUCCGAAUGUACUUAUUGCGAAUCAAGUAUAAUGUGGCAUCAAUUGGCACUUCAACUGGUUAAGUACCUGUCACCGAUUUAUCCGGCUCAUCCACCAGAUCCACCAAUCGAAGACAGCUGGGAAGAAUUGAGUAGAAAGAGUCCUCCAGAGAGCGACAAAAAGGAAUCUAAGUCGGAUGUAGUCCUGAGCAUACCCGAAGUACACUCAGUUGGAGGCGUUUUAGUACAUAUGCCUCAUGUGUGUUCUAUCAUGACUGCCACUGUGGAAACGGUUUCUGAACAGCUAGAUCUGGCUGCUAUUAUCCCUGCGGAAAAGGUGGUAUCCGCAGUAGCCAGGGCGAUAACACUGUCGGAGUCUGACGUCGCUACUGCGACGGCGACGACUUUAGCAAAACCACAAGUUAUAGGUGAAAAUGAUGAGCCAGUUGAAACGGAUUCAGGAGAUGAUUUAGAUCAUUUUUGGCAAACGUCAGUUGGGAAAUUUAAGUUUUCUGUCGACGAUUUGCCAACGCCUCUUCAAUAUAUACACCAAUUACUCCAAGAGCUUUCGAGGAUAAAUAAACCAGAUAUUUUGUACUACAUGUUGCAGUGCCUCAAUAUUUUAAUUUUACACGGUGACGCGUUCACGAAAGCGUCUAAAGAACAUCGAGGAUUUUUUAUUUGGUGUCAAGAAAAUUUAAUUAUCAAAAAUUUAUGGGAAUUGUGCAAUUCAGAACAUUCUCAUAUAUGUCAGGAAGCUGUACCAAUUUUACUCCACUGUAUUACUUUGCCAGCUGGUUCGGACGUGUUUUGGCGAGUAAUACAAGAGGACUUUCAUAGUACAGAAUGGUGUGUUCGAUUCACUGCCGUUGAAAGAGUUACCGUAAUUGCUAGAUUUAUGGACUCUAGUCCAUUAAGAAAUGUUCCACCAUUACAGGCUGCUUUAGCCAAUGCCUUCUGCUAUCUGAUAUCUUCGAUGGAUGAUAGCAAUGUAUACGUCGCACAAAGAGCAACCUUAUACUUAGGGACUAUCCAUGAUUUUGCAAUAAAAGCCUUGAUUAUGUGUUUAGAAACUCAAUUUGAUACUGUUAUCGUUGAUCGUCCAAUGGUGUUGCAGUCUCUCUACCAGUUACACAAUUCAUUAAGUGAUAGAAAGAUUCUCUCGUGGGACUUCUUUCUUAAUAGGUUUGAUACAUUGUUUAUUGAAGCACAAAUUAGUUUAGAACGCUCUGGUGAUAUUUCUUACUUAAGAGAUUUAAGAAAUUCAGAAGUAAAUAGUGAACAUUUAAUCCGUAAAAUUCAGAGAGCAAAUGAAGCUUUGUCUCAAUCAGAUGGGAGCGCCGCCAGUUCUGUAAAAACUUUAAGUGCUAGUUUUGGCACGAAGUGGCCUUACAAAAGGACUAUGUCCGCACCAGCGUCCAUUGUGCCUAGGCAUGAGAGCAAAGUUUUUACAGAGACGAAAGAAAAAGUAUACAGCAGACAAUAUUCAGCUCCAAUAUUAAAAAGGAAAAGCUCACGUUUUGGACUGGAUGGCCAAACCCAUUCGUUGAAUACCGUUGAUGAUCAGAAUAUUACGACGUUCUUACAACGAAUCAUCGAUCUUGAAGAAACUGACAAAGAAACAAUGCAUUUGUUAGUAUUUCUUCUAAUGCAGUUUCUAUCCAGAUCAGACCAAGCGUAUCCCUCUGAAGACAAGAAUCUUUCAAAAAUCCAAAAUAUUCUCUUACGACAUCUGUAUUUGCUUUUGGGAUAUAAUCAAAGUGAUAGAGGGUUGUACUUGCCUCCACAAAGGUUAAGAUCAUCUCCUGCCUUUAGUGUAUUUUUGUCAAAUCUUCCACAGUUAAUGGAUCAAAAUCAUUUAAUGGGUAGACAAGUUUUGCCCACUUGUUUAAUAAUUCUUCAGUACGCUCCCUCCCCUUACUAUAUGCAAAGCACUGUAGAGUUCCCGCAGCCGACUUACAGUCUUUGGGCCUUAGAACCACAUUUUAGGAAAAACUGGUUAAUGUCAUUAGUUGUUUUAUUAUACAAGUAUCAGUAUAAUACUCAACCAUAUUCAAUGCAUUUAGUAUCUCUAAUAAGAAUAGUGUUGAAUACCCUAGAUUCUCAAUAUCAUCAUUGUAGAAGAAUACCAGCAACUAUUAUUAUGGGAGCGCCCCCAUCUAGAUCAAGAGAUGUUAGUCAGCCAUCAUUAGGUACAGAAGUAGAUCAUCCAGAAAGGACAACUCCUCCAUUGUCCCCUAUGUAUUAUUCAGACGGACAAUCCAUACAAGUUUCAGUUAGUUCAAGAGGUGGCAAAGCCCAAGUACUUUAUGCGAAACCCUCAUCAACUACAAGUAUGGAAACACAUUGGGAAGAGGCAAUAUUAGCAUGUAGACCUGAGAAAAAAUGGGACAAACCAAAACAAAUAAAACCUGAUGGUAGCAUCGAUAAUGAUGAUACAGAAUCUGAAUUGAUAGCUAUUCCUGAGAGUGAUCUAUCCGAUAGUACCUUACAUGGUAGUGUUCAAGACUCCUUCGAAGAAGGUAGUGAAUCAUGUUGCAAUAAAGAUAAAGCUUUAGUCAAAACUCAGGAUUUAGAAACAUCUUCUAUAAAAUCUCCAAGAGAAUCUUAUGUUAGUUGUAUUGUUGUUAAUAAGCAAAGGCCUACUUGGAUAAUAGGAAGUGAAGAUGAAUCACUUAGAUCAUGUGAUAACAAAAAAUCACCAGAAUAUUGCUCAAAAAAUUCUACCUCAUCUGUCAAUUUAAAUCGUGUCUACAAUUAUAAUCAUAUAGCAAACGACGCACAAAAGAAUACUGCUCCUAUUAAUAACGACACAAGUUUAGUUGGAAAGGUGACACCCAUGGGCAAACAUAAAAAAGUGAUCGAGCCUAGUAUAACCCCAGUAUGUACUCCGGUUUCUGAUUGCGAUGAUUGUUAUAAAAAUAAUCAAACCUUAUUACCUACCCCUUCACUUGAAAGAUUAUUACCCAUAGGAGCUACAAGGAUACCAGAUUCUCCUAAAGAAGUAUUUUCACCCACAUUAGAAGCACAAUUAGAAAUACCUAGUCAAGAACGGUUACUACCUAUAGGAACCCAUUCAAAGGAUGUAUCUCAGUUAAUAGAAAAAGUUAGACAUGUCUUAGGAAUGAAUCCUCCAACAACAAAACAAGACAAUAAGAAAAUAGAUAAACCAAAAUAUGAGCAUCAAUGCCACAGCCCUAGAAGACUCAUAAAACAAGUAGCUUUAGAGAGUCCCCCAAAUAAUCUGGAUAUGGACGAUAAUUUCUUUAGAACUAUCAAGCCAGAAAAUCAAAGAGAUGCCAUAGCGAACCACAGACAACGUAUGAGAAAAGUAGGACCAUUUACCAUGGGCUCAUAUUCUUCCCAUGAUCCCAGGAGACCAGGAGCGUGGUUUAGUCCACAACUAUCUCCAAAAUUAAGCAAUUUAGAUAUUAAACAAAGUUCAUUUAGAAUAGGAGAUGAGUGUGUAAAUGACAGAUGUUCAGAAUGUGGAACAGUUAAAGAAGAAUACAGUGACGAAGAAAUUGGUCUCUGUAUUGUAACCUUGGGCACAUUUAUCCAUAGGGAACCAGCUUUAGCUGCUCCACUUUUGCCAGAUAUAUUAAGCAUUGUUUCAAAAGUUGCCACGAAUGCUAUGUAUCCUUGGCAAAGCGAAAGCAAUAUUCAUCUUCCAGGUGGUGCCGUCAGUGUGGCUCAUCAAUUUUUAAGAUGCGUGUUGCAUCAAUUGGCGCCCAACGGUGCCUUUACACAAAUGUUUCAAACUAACGCAAGUGAACCAAUUAGGAUACAGUUCUUCAAAAGUGUUAUACAGGCUUUAAUUGACUUCAAUGAAUUAAGCCCAGUUGCACCUUUGCAGUUGUUAUUAGAGACUUUAAAUACAAAUAGAUCACUACCUCUAGAAUUGUUGCCCACUAUUUUGCAAAAUAUGGCCUGUUACUUAAAUUGUUUGCCCAUAGAAGCUACAUUAGGAGCUAAUGCACCUCUGUGGAGCACGGUGUUACAACAGUUGGAAACUUUAUAUAGGAAAGUACUAUUUUUGGUACAUGCCAAAGAGGAGAUUUUGCCUUCAUUAAUUAAAAUAAUGACCUCAAUAUUUAAAGUACCUUUGAUUUCUCAAUUUAAAGGUAUUUUAGAACCAUUUUCGAAGGUGUUAAGUUAUGCUAUACAGAAGCAAACAUUAGAGUACAAUAAUUUGGUUGAAAUUUGUUUCCUAUGCAACAGAGCAUUCACAAAGGAAAGAGACAAGUCAAUAUUGAGCCGAAUGAUCGUGUUUGAGUUAGUUCAAGCAUUAAAAUUUAAGUCAACAAUGCCUGACUCAAAUUUAUUAAUGAUAAUUAACCUUAUUCUACAAGAUGUGGGAGGAUCAAUACCAUCAAAUGUAUCGAUAAAAGAUUGCCCUGCUUUUUCUUUGGAGUACAAUCCUAUAAAUACGGGUAUUUCAGAAUGUAUGAAAGUGAAUUUAGGUGAGAUUUUAGAAUUUCUAACCGAUUUUCAUACGAUUUCAAAAAUGAAGAGCUAUUGCAGAGGAGUAAACGUUGGACUUAAUGAAGAUACUCUAGGUGGUAUUAUAAAGUGUAGCAUAGCUCAAUACUUAGCACUAGAGAUAACCAAAGGAAAUGGUAGAGACAACAGAGCUGUAACAAGAUAUUUUCCUUGGUUAUACAAUACAACGAAUACACAACAAAGUCCAAGAGAAUUUCUAGAAUGUAUAGCGCAUAUUAGAUUAUUGUCUUGGCUAUUAUUAGGGUCUUUAACGCACACAGCACUCCAAAAUACAACCCAUGGUCAAAGUACAAGUUCUCCAAUACCCCAAGAAGCCUCUUGCCAAAUAGCAGACCAUAUAUCAGUAAUAAUGGCAGGUUUCGCAGAGCAGUCAAAGGCGUCCGUCCUACAUAUGUCAUCUUUAUUUCACACAUUUAUAUUAUGCCAGUUAUGGACAGUGUAUUUAGAGCAAGGCCUAAACAGUCACAUGCCUAUAUCAGAACCUUAUAAUGUGACUAUGAACAUACUGUUUGACUUUUGGGGAAAAGUGACACCUUGCAUAUUGAACUUGGUCCAACAGUCAAAAAUGCUGAGCGAAAUAGUAAGUCUUCACUUUCUGAGUAUGUUAGAGGCACUUCUAGAAUGCCAUUCAACAUUUGUGGGAAAAUUACUGCCUCUAUGGACACCAGUUCUCUGUUCAAGUCACGUACAGUUGCCUGGCCAUUUACAAGUACGGCUUCAGAAUUGUAGAAACUUCCCCCCAAUAUUGUACACAGAAGUUCUCCCUGAAAAGUCCAAAUUCAACCUACCAAAUCCUGUAUUAUUGAAGUGGUUACAAAGACUGCAAUUCAAAAUGGGACAAAUUGAACUGCAAUCGUCGACGGCUACGCAGUUUUAUUCCUUGUAGUUAAACGGGAAAUGUUUUAUUGGUAAAAAACUUAAGCAAAAAAUUGUUGAAACAGUACAUAAGUUUAUUUAAUGAAAUUAAUAACAAUUUAUACAUGAAGAAUUAUUGUUGUAAUAAAGUUAUAAAUUUAUAAAUCG